GAGUCAAAUCAGUCCUCAAUCAGUACACACAAGUCCAACAUUUCAUGAUUUCUAUGACUGUGUUCACAUAGAUGAAAAGUGGUUUUAUUUGUCAAAAGAGACAACAAGUUUUUACACCCUUCCCACGGAAAAUGAUCCAUUUAGAACAACUCAAUCUAAGAAAUUUUUUGCCCAAAAUAAUGUUUCUGACUGCAGUAGGAAGGCCUAGAAUUGCCGACAGUGGGGAGGUGGAGUGGGAUGGGGAAAUAGGGAUUUUUCCAUUCACAUAUGAAGACACAACUAAGAGAUCAAGCAAAAACAGGCCAGCUGGGACUUUAGAAACCAAACCAACAUUGAGUGUCACUAGGCAAGUUAUGAGAGACAUGUUCAUAAACACCCUAC